AUGGGCACGGACGCCGACCUCCACCUCUCCGACGUGCAUCUCCGGGCUGACUGCAGCGACGCUGGUUGCGAUUUGCCGUGUGAGACCGUGUUUCCUUUUGCAGAGGCUGCGGACGCGGCCUCCUCCUCCGACGACGCCCACGAGCCAACUGCGGCCGUCGACGAGGAUGGAGACCUCUUGUGCGCUCGCCGCAAGCGUCGAAAGCUGGCGACGCCUGGUCGCGGGCGGCUCCGGAUCUGCCACGCGCUGGCCACCCCGCUUUCUGACGUGGGGCUGCAGGUCUGGCGCGGCGCGCUGCUGCUGUGCGACCACCUGUUUGCGCGUGAGAGCGCGCAGCUGCUCGACGGCGCGGUCGUGCUCGACCUCGGCGCGGGCUGCGGUCUCACCUCGGCCGCCGCUUGCCUCGCGGGAGCACGGGCCGUCUUUUGCACGGAUGCCCACACCGCAUCUCUGCGCAACUCGGCCAACAACGCAGACGCGAAUGGCGUGGGAGGACUCGUCCGAGUGCGCCGGCUCGACUGGAGCGCGGUGGAU